AUGGUUGACAUCAAUUCUUCUAGUGAUGUUUCGAAUGCUGCUAUGGAUAUUGGAAUUGAUGAUUCGUCGUCUCAAACAAUACAAAUGAAUGGGAAUUUGACUAAUAUUAUCACAAAGGAAGUAGUUAAAUUAAAAUUAAAUUCUACUUCAUCUUCUCACAGGACCUGUUGCAUUUGUUCGAGUAAUUUGAAGAACAACUCAGCUAAUAUUUCAUCAGAAGAUCGAGAUUUUUUAUUUUUUACACGUAAUAUAUGGAUUCCAAAGGGAGCGCGAUGCUGCUCAGAUCAUUUAAUUAAUCAUCGAUUAAAAAAAGAAGCUAUUGACGAAAUCAAACCGUUGUCAAUAAGAGAAGAAGAAUUAAAUUCUUCUGAUGUUCAACUUCUUUUAAGCAAAUCGCAAAUAUUAUUUGAAAAUCAAAAUAGAAGAUUUAAUUUCGAUGAUCUGCGAGGUCUAACAGAUGAUGAAUAUCGUUUAUUAACCAGUCUUUCAAAAGAUGAUUUUAAUGAAUUUGUUGAAAUUGUAUCAUCAUCUAGUAUUCGUAACUCAUCUAACCGAUCCAUACGAACAGCGGUCGGUAUUUAUUUAUGCAAAUUGUAUCUCGGUUUAUCAAAUCGUCUAUUGGCAUGUUGGUGGUGCGACUGUAACAUCGGUGGUCGAUUUUUAGGCUGCUGUAGUCAUAUAUCAUCAGCAAUAUGGUUUCUUUGUUACGAACGGUGGCAGACGCGACAGCGUCAUAUGUCUUCUGGAAGCUACAUGACCUUGGCUACAGAUGCUAUUCAAGUUUCAGAUUUUUAUGACUCUUCUGAUAAUGAAGAUGAUAAUAUAUCACGUUAUUCGUUAUUAUGA